GCAAAUCUUUAAUUUUAUAUAAUUUCUCAAAUGGUAAGAUGGCAUUAAUUAUAUUAUUUGGAGAAAUCCUUCUUCUACUCUUCUUAACUCUUUACAUUCUAAAUAAGUAUGGAAAUUGGAAAAGACAAAGAAUUGCUGUUACAUUAGCUACUCUUUUAGCUUGGUAUUUUUCUUUCAUCAUUAUAUCCAUUCUUCCAUUGGAUGUAUCAAUGACAUCAUACUAUCAAUGUUUAGCCAGACUUAAUAAUUCUAUUAUUCAAGAUUACAGCAAAUAUAGGAUCAGCCAUGAUCUUCCAGAUGAAUUGCAUCUUUUAUCGAAUAUAACCUCUACAAAUAAUAUGAAUCUAUCAAAUUUUUAUAAUACAUUUAUGUAUCCAUUAUUAUCGAAUAUUUCAAUAACAUAUGAUAUACCUUAUGUUAAUCUCUCAAAUAAUCUAAUUGGGGAUAAUAUAACUUUAAAUUUGAAUGAUGUCAAAACAUGUGAAAAACCAUGGAAUUUUAUUAAUAGAAAUGUUCUAAUUUGCCUUUGGAGAAUAGUUUAUUGGGCAUCACAAGUCUUAACAUGGUUGAUAAUUCCCAUGAUGCAAAGCUAUUCCAAGGCGGGUAAUUUCACGGUAUUCGGGAAAUUGAAGAUGGCUCUGUACGAAAACGUCGUCUGGUACGGGACUUAUAUCGUAAUUUUCGUGCUCAUCUCUAUCUACGUGGCAUUGAAACCGAACCUGCAUAUCGACUCAACCAAACUCCUGCUAAUAAUAUCUUCCGCUAGUAACACGUGGGGUCUCAUCUUACUCGUUCUCCUACUGGGUUACGGUCUGAUUCAAGUUCCCCGGGGAGUCUGGUAUUAUUCCGCGUUUGUAGGGGGCGCGGCCAACUCAAAACUCAUGAGAUGCUUCUACAAGGCGGCCAUUGUUUACCCCCUCAAACAGGAAAGCCAAGAAAGUUUGGAGGAAAUCAUAGAAGAAAUAGAGCAAUUGUCGAUGACCGUUCCUGAAUCUCAUCCCAUAAGACCUAAGAUAGAAAUUCUGAUCGAGAAAUUACCAGAAAAUUAUCGGAGCAAGAUACUUUCUGCCACCCGAAACAAGGCCGAAAAUUCGACUAGAUUGCAGAGCGCCCUGGAAUUCGAUCCACCCAACCCUAAAACUCUCAUCAAAAUUCACAAGCGACUCAUAAACGGUCUCACCAAUCAUUACCGAACACAAAUGCAAUGGGAAUCCAUCCUCGAAACUGUGCGAGAUUUGAGCCGAGCCCAAAGAGGGGACAAAAAUUUUGAUUCCACCCUCUCCGGAAUGGAUUCCGACUUUUACGCCUACGUCGACGCGUCGGCUCAUAAACGCCCGAUCCAGGAGAGCGGCCAUCGCGUAACCGGAAUGGAAAGAUGUCUCAACUUCCGCUUUUCUCGCGCCAUAGUAACGCUCGUUAGACUGUACGUGAGGCCCUGUAUCUACAAGCUGCUGGCGGUUAGCUUUUGUCUCUUAUCGUUGGCCCUAAUCUGGUCCGAGCUGUUUAUGUUCAAGCGAAACUUUCCCAUCUUGUCCAUUUUCGCCAUCUUUUUCCGGUUGGCCAAGACUCAUCUUCAUAAUUAUGUCCUCGUGGAGGUGGUGUCCAUAUCGACCCUGACCUAUCUUUCCCUCUGCGCCUAUUUCACCAUUUUCAAGCUCAGAAUCUUCGAUCUUUAUUGCCUGCUACCGAAUCAUCACACCGACGAAUACAGCCUGCUCUUUGCCGGAAUGCUUUUGUCUCGGCUAACCUCUCCUCUCUGCCUAAACUUCUUGAGUCUGAUCCACAUGGACCAAGGUUACGCGGUAUCCAGUACCAUCGAUAACAUGAAAGGUCCCGAUGACGGUCAGCCGAUUGACACAGCUUUCAUUCAAGUGAUGGGACGAUUGAACCUAAUACCAUUCAUAGGUCAGGGCUUUAACGUCUACUUCCCUAUGCUCAUCUUCGUGCUCUGCUUAGCCAACUAUUUCGACCUCAUACAAAAAUUAGGUAGGUCGGUCGGUUAUAAUAAACUGACUACCGGGGAUUUCAAUAGAUACUACGCUCUUUCCAACCUUAAAACCCGCGUGGAAAACGGCACCAUUCAAAAUGGCGGUAAAUACAAUAUCGGGAAGAACAGUGGCGAUAACACCGCUGCCUUAGAUGACGACGAUGUAGACGGCAAAGAUAUGGGAGCGAGGAUUGGUGCCAUGGUCGAGGAAGGAAAAUUGCUCCUUAAAAGAGAAUUCAGAAACCGGUAUUUAGUGACCCACGAUUACAAGGACCUAACUGGCAACAAGAGCGCGGAUCGUAAAAGCAAGAAUCAUCUGUUGAGCACCGAAAUCCUGAGGAAAAAAUAUGGUGGCAUUUCGACUAACCGAGAAGAAGACGGUAAUUACGAGAAUUAUUCGGAUACGUUUACCGACAGAAACUCGAUCAUCGCCCGCCCGAACGGGGAGAAUAGUUUUUAUAGCAACGUUCCGUUGUAUUCGUCGAGGGAAGAUUUGCUGCCUAAGGCUUCUCAGCCAUCCCUGUAUCGUCGACUCAAGGAUACUAUUCUGGAGAGCGGCAAUGCCGACAAAUUGAAAGGAAUGUUGUCCUCUAAUUUUUCCGCUUUCAAGAACAAGUUUGCCAAUCCGGCGGAAAGAGCCAAUUUCGGCCACAAUAACCGCGACAGUGCCGACACGCCGAAUAGUUCGAAUAGCGCCGAUAACGCCGCGAAUAGCAGUAAAUUAAGGUUCAAAGUCGCCCCAAAAAAUAUUUUUCAAGACAUAUAAAAAAGAAAGAAGAAGAGGUGCGUUUAAUUUAACGCAAAACGCAAAAUUUUGCGUAAUUAUGAUUUUUUAUAUAAAUUGUAAAUAAUAACUUAUAUGACGUACGCCACUCAUUAAACUAUACAACUGAAUUCAUAAUUUUUUUUAUGCGGAAAGUAGCUGAAAAAACCCUCAAUUAUGUAAACCUCCCAUUUUUCCUCUCCUCUUUUUUUUUUCUCCACGCAAAAUGUAUAUUUUAAUCUAGUCUCUGCAAUAUUUUUUUUUUUUUAAUCCUCUAGGAAAAACAUGUAUUUAUUUAAUUUAUAUAAUGCUUCUUUAAACAAAAAAUUAACUUAUAAAUUUAGAUAAUAUAAUAUAUAUUUAAUAUAAAAAUGUAUAAUUAUUUAUAAUUUUUUUAUUUAUUUUUCCCAUAUUUUAUAAUCUCGUAUUAUUUGUAUCUUAACAUGAGCCCUGUCUCCUGGUGUCAAAUUCAUUUGCUCUUUAUUAUAUACUUUUAACAUUAAUUACAGUGUUGUUGAUGAUUUGAUGAAACAUUUGUUGACUAUUAAAUUAUAAAAAUAUAAUUAAAAUAAAAAGAAUUUUCAAUAAUGCUUUUCAUUAUCUAUAUUUUAAUUUUGCAAACAUAAUUAUUUAUAUAAAUGGAUGGGUUUUAAUUUAAUUGUCAACAUGUGUUUCAUUAAAUCAUCACACCACUUGUAGUAGACAAUUUUUUAUCAUAUUAAUUUUCUUGUUUUAAAAAAAGAAAAAAAACUUAAAUUCUUGGAAAUCUUAUCUUAAAUUUAAGUCAAGUUUUUUAAAUUUCAAAAAAAUUUCAUUAUCACGAGGGCCUGGCCUAAAUAAAAACCGACUAACUUUACUUUUCACUCUUUAUUUUUUUACCAUUUUUAUUGUUUGUUUGUUUGCGUGUCAUCAUUAUUAGCCAAUAUUUUGUUUUUCUUAUUUCGAGUUAGUUGUGAUAGAGUGACGUUACAAAUAUGAUAGACGUUUCAUAAAGUGACGGAAAGGUAAUUCAACACUUCUUGACAGAAAUGCUCGAGAAAUGAGGCUAUAGAAUGCAAACUUUUAACGAUAUCCUCGUUUAUUUAUUGUAAUAUGUUUUUUAAUUUUAUUAAUGAUCAUGUUUAUCAUAUUAUUAUGUAAGUUUAUAUAUAUAUGAUAUUUUUUUCUUCGUAAAAAAAACGCCUUUGUUUUUAUGUAUAUUUUGUAAUAUCGAUGUUAUUGUCCCAGGCUUAUAUUUCGAUGAAGAUACAUUA